CCCUAGGCCACCCGCCCCGGUCCACCACCUCGUCGCCCGUCUGUCUCCACUCCGCCCGCAAUCUUGGCCGGGGGUUCUUGAGGGUUUGGUAGUGGAAAUUACAGCUGUAAUGAAUUAGACGUGCAGUAUACUAUGGCGACAGAAGUCAAUCAAAACUGUUUUGCAUGGCCGCGUGAGGAAUCACCCGUGCAGGAUAGUUCUCAGGGAACAACGCAAGUGUUUGACCAUGGUUCCAUAUCUUUUGGAAGAUUUGAUUUGGAAUCACUAGAAUGGGAGAAGUGGUCUGUUUUCACCAAUGACAGACGUACUGAGGAGUUCGUUAAAUUCAAUGGAUUAGUUGCCAAGAAGAAGGCGUACUUUGAAGAAUACUUUAAGAGGAUCAGAGAGCUAAAGGCUCUACAACAACAAAACCAACAAACCGAGCUUAAUCUAGAGUACAGUGGCGAUGGUAGUGAUUCUAGUCAGACAGGAGAAGAUGAACCAGUUGGAAAGCAUGCAUCUCCUGCUGGAUCUGGAACACAUUUUGAUGAUUGCAUGGGGCAAAUAGCAGCUGAAUCCACAUCUGAGCAUGGACUGGGAUGCUACAAUGAUCAUAAUAAGAGGUUAAGUAAUGGAAUUUCCUCAGCGACUCAUUCUUCAUCAGCUGGAGGCUUACAGAUGAUUGGUGAAGAAACUGGAGAAAAUGCAAGCGUUGAAAAUUGUUCUGACAGGAUGGAUAUGUUGCAGCAAAAUGCUAAAUGUAGUCAAGAUGAUCUGGUGAUGCCCCAUGAGACUAAGGUGAAUCUUAAGAGAACUAUUGAGAAAUGCUCCCCAAUUAGUCAAGCUUCAAAAAUCAUUCCUAGGACGGUUAAGAUGACUUCUAGUUGUGUUCCUGAUCAAACAUUUAUCAAUAAGGGUCCUCAAUCAAGCAACUCCACUGUUAUAAACCAGAAAACCAAACCUGGGAAUGUUCAAUCAUUGCGAAAGCCUAGAGCAGCAACCAGCAAUGUCGGUGGCACCACAGUAAGAAGCAAACUUGUGACAAAAGAAGAUCCUGGUGUUAUGGCUCUUAGAAGACCUUCAUCAGCAGCGUCCCAACGGCCCUCCUCUAGGGAACGGCGACCUGUCACCAGAGAUGGUUCACGGGGUCCUGCUAGUAUGGCUAGCCCAUGUCGCCCCUCCACUGCUCAAAGACGCCUUGCGACUAGAGAUCUGGCAGCAAAUCAAACAAGUAUUGCUAGCCCACGUCGACCAUCUACUGCUGAUAAGCGCCCUAUCACUAAAGAGUUGGCACCAAAGGAUGCCAACAUUGCUACCCCACGCAGGCCAUCUACUGCUGAUAGGCGCCCUAUCACCAAAGAGUCGGCACCAAAGAAUGCCAACACUGCUACCCCAUGUCGACCUUCUACUCCUGAUAGGCGCCUUACCACCAAAGAGCUGACACCAAAGCAUGCCAAUGUUGCUACCCCACAACGACCUUCUACUGCCGAAAGGCGCCCUAUAACCAGAGAGAGUGCACCAAAGCUUGGUGGUACUGCCAAUCCAUGUUGGCCAUCUAGUGCUCAAAGGCGCCCUGUCACCAGAGGGAUUGUGCACACGAAUGCUGAAGUUGUCAGCCUGCAUCGACAUUCUACUGCUGAGAGACGCCCUUUAACCAGAGAAACUGCACCAAAGCAUGGCGAUGUUAUUCCUCUACGCAGGCCUUCUACUGCUGAGAGACGCCCUGUUUCCAGAGAAACUGCACCAAAGCCUGCCGAUGCUAUUACUCUUCGCAGGCCUUCUACUGCUGAGAGACGCCCUGUUGCCAGAGACUCUGUGCUAAAGCAUGCGAAUGUUGGUGGCCCCGGUUGCCCUUCGACUCCUGAACGACGCCUCGGCAGGGAAAGUGCACCAAAGCAUGCUGCUGUUGCCAUCACUCCUUGUCGCCCUUCAACGGGAGAAAAACGCCCUACUGCCAAAGGGAGUAGCCUAAAAUUGGAUCCAAAAACACCUAUAAGGUUGAGAGGAUUGCCGGAUAAUUCAAAUGGUGCUAUGGUCACAGCAGCUACUCCCAAAAAGGCAGUUACUCCAAAUCUUGUUAAAGCUAGGAAGCCAGAAAUAAAAAGCAGCUAUGUCCAAGAAAGGUUGGAACUUCAAGUUGGUGGGAAACAAAAAUCAAGUUCUGUUAAUCUUCCUCCAAGGAAAAUCUUGUCUUCGGAUGUGAGAGCCAAUCGAGUGGUGGAGAACGCCAGAAAGCCAAAUAAGCAGGGUAUUCAGGAGACACUUGGAUCUCGAGUAUCUGCAUCAAAAAAUGCAACAUCUUCACAUACUGGAAGCGGAAAGACAAGGGCACCAAAUCCACCACCACCUCCUCCGCCACCACGCCGGCUAUCUCAGUCUCCGAGCAAGCCAGAACCCCCCACUAAGUUGUCUGCUGGUGGAAGAAAGCCGAAGGCUUCUACUCCACACUGGCACUAACCCAACUUCAAGUCUCCCCUACUAGGAUCCUGGAGAACAAGAUAGCUUUGAACCCGCGCAGCUGAAGCAUCAUCCGUGCCACUCCCUGUGUCCACGGUUGAUGUUAUGCUGCGUUCGCCACCACCACCACCUUUUGUCACUUGUUAACCGUAGCAGCGUAUGUACCUACGUGUACCAUAUCCACUAAUGCCGUAGUUCUACUGCCUAAGAAUUACUUAGAACAUUGUAUAUACCUGAAAAUAAUGGAGCUCUAGCUGAAGAACACUGACCCCCGGUGGUUCAGAAGUUAAGGAAGUGAUUCUUUCCC